AUGGCGGAGUUUUUCAUAUCGCAGACAGAUUUGUUUCUCUUGAAACACUGGCAAGAAGACUCGCCGCUAUCCAUUGAUGCCCAACGAGAACAGAUCUUCGCUAAAUGGGUGGCCCUCGGAGUCCGUGAUCGCGAGCCAUAUCAGCAACAGCAUUCGAGACUCAGGGAUCUUCCGACACAUAGUAAAGAGCUACUAAACCGUAUUCGCCUACCGGCUGAGCGCAGACCGGCCACUGAUCUUGAACCUUAUUGGCUUCGCACCUGUUAUGAGCCUGAAUCUGAGGAAGCUUGGACUAAGAUUGAAAAUGAACUUGAAUUGUUCUUCGGUACCCCACCCCCGAUUUAUAAUGACCCGACCUUGUAUAACUUCGGCGACAACUGGGAGAAGAUUUUUCUUCAUACCCCACAAUUACUCUAUAAUACUUGCUUGGCCGAAAAACACGAAGAGUAUGUGGCUGAGGCCUUACAAGAGGGAAUUGAGGCAGAGAACUUCGAUGAAGAGCAAUAUGAUUCGGAGGACGCAAUGCCGUGGAUGACCUACUACUCAGAAUACCUCUGGCGGUUAGCUGCUGGGCGUAUCUAUAUCGCCGACGCAAAGACUCUGGCCUCCAAACGCCGCAACGCUGGGAAGAUCCUCGCGGUAUGUUACGACAAAUGUGGUCGAGGAAUCGGUUGUUAUCGCCAGAACCUCGACAAGGCAGUUGUAGAGUCUGGCUGUUUCCGUUAUCUCCUCAAAGACCAUGCAUGCAUGCUGGGAGAAUGCUGAGAUCUGUGAAUCCUACGAAGAGUGUGAACCCUUAGGACCCCCAUACGGCGAAAAGAAGGACGAAACCUCCGAGUAGCCAAUUUCCCAUUGAUAUACCCGCCCCAAUACAAUUUUGGUACUAUAUAGCUUCAAAGGAGUUAUAGCCAUAAACGAAACCUCACCCUUUCCCUCCCCUCUCUGUCAGGCCCCACGGAUGGUGCAGCCUGGGGCCUGCAAUUAUUGCCAUCAUACGCCAAGCCAGGAAGAAUUCCAGGUGACACUGGUGCCACUCAAGUCGCAUGUGCAAUCAACACCUUUGACCAGACGACCAGAGGACUUCCAAAUUUUGUGCCGCAAGGACAAUGGCUGCCAGUGACAUACAAAGACUAGGCAUGGAGGGAGAUACACUGGUGGACUGACAUCAAUCAAUCAAUAAUUUAAACGGUUUAUGUUCUGCCCGACAUUCAGUCACUGGUCCCCAAAAUUCUCUCAUUCGUGAACUCAA